UUAAAAAUCAUAUCGACUUUGCUUUCAUUUCAUUUGUACAUAAUACUUCAGCUAGAUGUUCAGCAAAAAUAUAAGUUUUUCACUUUUUCUUAAGAAGUCGUGCCCAGCCAUUAUUUUUUCUGAGCGGUGGUUUAGGUAUUUGUGGUCUAUCGUAGUUUUUAGUAAAUUUCCACAAAGAAUAAUUUGUUGAUACUAUAGGAGUCAAUGAUUCUAGUUGUGUUUGUAAGGUGUUAUUGUGCCAGUGUUGAAGCAUAUGUUUUAGUUUUUUAGCUUCUUUGUUAAAGAGUUUCUUAUCUUCAUCAAGCCUCCUUAAUUGCACAGACUCUUCUCAAUCUUCUUUUUUCAAGGACAGCAUUCUUUAUUUCGAGGGGAUAAUUUGAGUGUCUUGUAUAGCACACUUCGUCUGGAGUGUUUAGCCAGCAAGCCUUUUGUAUAAGACAUAUUAUGUAUUUUGCCGCGUUUUCUAUAUCCCCUGCUGUAUUGAGGCCAAUUUUGAGCUCAAUCUUUUCAUCAAAAACUCUCUGAAAGAUUACCAGGCGGUAUUUCUGUUGUAUAGAAUAUUUGGUCUGUGACAUUCUAUUAAAAGUGAGCUUACAGUUAACAAUAACAAUAACACAGGUGUAUGAUCUGAGCAACUGUCAUAACAUGACUCGGGUUUUAGGUAGUGCUUCGAAAGCCCCUUCGAGAUAUAAAAAUCGACGAGAUCUGGCGUUUAAUUUGGAUCUGUCGGCCAGUAGGUUGGCUCUCCAGUGGCAAUCUCCACUUAGCAGCCUGUUAUUGUUGACGCUUUUUUUUAAUUCUCUUCCUCUGGUAGUAAUAAGUCUGGAUCCCCAAUGAGUGUGCUUGGCGUUCCAGUCGCCACCAAUGAUAAAACGGGUUUCAAGCGUUUUAAAGAACUCGUCAUACAUAAAAUUAGAUAUUUUAUGUUUAGGGGGGCAGUAUAUUGCAGACACAUUAAGAUGGCCAGUGUUGUCUUCAAUAGAAAUUGUGGUGGCUUGAAUAUGUUCUGUUCUAUAUUCGGGCAUAAGGUAAUGUUUAACUGUUUCUCACAAUUAUUGCUGUGCCUGCUUCGGUACAAUGGGCUUCUGAUACUAGUAGUAUAUCUAGUUUGUGGUUAUUUAAUAGGAGCUCAACCUCAUGUUUAUUUGGUGUAUCCAUGUGUAUAUCUAUUUGUGUUCCAGGUUCCUAGUCUUAUCGUAGUCAUUUUGAGGUCUUGGCGUGGUGGAUGACAAGUGUAGUUAGGAGAACACUUGUCUUUGUACCCUUGACAUCAGAGUACUCAUUUGUUCUAGAAUAAGUUCGAACUUAACCGUUUGUCUCAUGAGUAAUACUUCAAUAUUAUUACUAGGUUCCUUGCUAUUUCCAAAUUUUACAGCUUCGGAGAACGAUUUAUGUUUAUCUUUGGUCAGUGUGUGCUCUUCUGGCAUAGAUGAGAGUGUUGGUUGCUCUAGGUUUAUGAAAUGUUGCUGCUGCGGCCGCUCCACCUUCGGUUGUCUAUUGAAGGUUUUUUCCUUGCAAUGAUUUCUUUAUACACCCCGCAGCCCUUGUAGUUUGCAGGGUGGGGUCCAUCACAAAGAAAGCACUGGGCUGGUGUAUUCCUGUCUUGUUUUGUGCAAUCAGAGGUUUUAUGAGGCUGAGUACAUUUCACGCAGAGAUAUGGUCUCAUACAGUAGUUUUUUGAGUGAACAUACUGCUGACACCGUAGGCAUUGUACAAUGCUUUUCCUCUUUUUCGGAUCUUCUAUUAAAAUAUAUCUAUAUUUUAAUUCCUUUACUGCCUUAUUUUUUGGCCCUGGUAAUAGAUUGACAAAGAAUGUUGAGGUGGCUUUUUUGUCGGGUCCACAUUUUGCGUUUAUUAUUUCACCUGAGACGGUGUUCCCUGUGCUUUCAAUAUCCUCCUUUAUAGCAUCAUGGGGUGUUGUUGGGUGGAGAUUCCGAAUAACGAUUCUAAAACACCGUUCCUCUUUCCUGUUAACUGGGUCCAAUGAGGUUAUUUUCACGCACAAUACUGAUGAUUUUCUUGUAGACUUCUAUAUCCCUGUAGCUUAUUAGUAGUUGGUUUCUAUUUACAUUUUUAUAUGUGAAGGUUUCUUUUUCUGUUGCCGAAAUGAGAAGUUCUGUUAGCUUGUUAAGAGCCUCAAUUCCAUAAAGCAUGAUAGCUGGAGGUUUGUUCUGUUUCUUCUGUGCAGUCAGUAGGUAGACCAUCUGUUCAAUGUUUCAGUCUUACUUCUGCUACGGAGGGGUGAGGGAGAUUCUGAGAUUUUCUUACGUUUUUUACCUUUUACCUUUACCUGUUACCUUUGCCAAGCUGGAGGGCCAGCUUGAUCCUGUGUUACAUUCCUUUCAUUUUCCAGAGCUAUGUUCACAGAGUUUCGCCGUUUUCUAUUGAAUAGGCUGGGGUGAAACGUUUGUUGGACGAAUUUCUUGGUUGUGUUCGGAAUAUUUGGUUUGCCUAGUAGGUUGUCGGAAUUAUUAGAGGACUGAUUAUUAGUUGCCGACAUUUUUAUAGGUUUUACAGGUUUUUAGUAAUAUAUAAGUUUUUGCUCUAGCAACACUGAGUUCAAGAACUGUCAUUUAACUUAUUGUAAUUAAUUCACAAAAACAAAAUGCUGAGGGUAGAUUGAAUUUUCACGUGUGUAUUGAGUUCUUUUAGCACCGGUUUUUGUCGUAAUCUCUAAAGAGUUUUUCAAGAUAACACUAUCACAGCACUAUAAGACUUCUAUGAUCACUUUUUUGAUAGUUUUGUGUGGAAAUUCACGAUUUUACACUAAAAAUGUCACUAAAUCUUACGACGCGUAUGUUAUGCGCGCGAUGACUUUGACGUUUCCAAACCAAUAACUUAAACUGAAACUGAAUAUUCGGUAUUCGGUUAUUAGGUGAAACCACUAUUAAAUCGCAUCUCUAAUAAACAACAUUCACAGCCUGAUUGAAAUUUAAAAAUAUUUUAUAAGAUAAAGCUAGGCCUUACAGCUUAACGUGCCUUUCGAAACACGGAGGAGCUCGAGAUAAUUAUUGUUGGUCAUUUAUCCUAUAACCGGCCUUUACGAAAGUUUGCUCAAUUUUUGCAUGAAAGACCAAACGUGUUAACCAUUGUGCCCGCCAAUAUACCCGCCACCAUACCCCCAAUCCGCAUUGGACCUGAAACGAAACGUGGAGGGUCAUGGCCCAUCCUCCUUAACCAUCCAUAAAGAAGUUCAGAGCCCCCUGCAGUGGGGACGUAAAAGGGGUCAUGAUGAUGAUUGUAAAAUGCGUUUUGAAUGUAUUUAUUGACAUUUAUAUAUUUAACAUUAAAAAUUCUACAAUAAACAACCUAUGAAAUGGAAUUAAGAGUUAACAUUAUUGUCAAAUCACGAUUAGCUAUUUCAUGACCUAAUUUGUAAAGUUAGACUAUUAUAACAUUUGACAAUAUAUUUUUAGGUCAGAUUUAAAGUUUAGCUCGGAUGAUGAUGAAGAAGACAAUUAUUGCGCUGCUGGUGUCAAGUUUCAAAAAGUGAACCAAGACACAAAACCACAGUAUGUGUGUAAGACAUUUCAAGAGAAGAAUAGAUUAGACGAUAGAUAUAGAACAUCUGAAACAUCCAGUAUGGAUGAUAAAUACUCGGGCCACCAUAAAUCGAACAACGACAGUAGACGUAGAAGUAGUAGAUAUGAUAGUUACAGGAAUAGAAGUAGAGACCGACAAAAAUAUAGAAGACAUUUUAGUCCAGAAAAAUCUAGAAGAAACAUCAGCAAGUAUCUGGAUAGCCACAACUCAAGAUCAGAAUUCAACAGACACAGAGUUCUGGAAAGCCCAUCUCCUGAUAGAUUACAUAAUUAUCAACGGAGAAAUCGGGAAACUAGGUCAAGGUUUGAUAGAGAUGAAUAUUAUGAUAAUGAAAGGAACAGAGACAGACAACAAGAUAACUAUUCAAUUAAACAUAAAUUGCCAAAUGAUACUGAAGAACUACCAAAUAAAAAAAAAAGACAUACCUCUACCAAUAAAUAUGAAGAAGAAAAGAGGUGCAUAGAGGAUAAAGCCCUCAUACCGUAUUCUGUUCCCGUUGUGGAUAUUAAUUAUAUGCAUUGCCAGUCCCCUGAUUAUUCAGUAAUGCCAGAGAUGAUUUCUACACAACCUAUCAGAGAAAUUAGAUUAACAGCUGUGACUGAAUUAGAUGAUCCUCGACUAUUCAGUAAAAGGUAUGUCUUACAUCAAGGUGAUAAUGGUAUAUCAACAAUUACAGGAAGGAAUAUUGAUUUAAAAGUAAUUGAUACUUUAAAUUGGGGUAUAAAGCGUGUUGAUAUACCAAAAGCUCUAACACGUAGACCAUCACAGUGUAGUGAUGACAUUGUUCAAAAUAUAUAUAUGGAUAUUGACAACCCAGUUUCUAAUAUGUCCUUAGAAUCUGGUGAAAUAAUGCCAUAUCAAAGAGAUGACUUAGAUUUAUUAUUAACAAAUAAAUCAUCUCAUAAACAAUACUCUGAUGAAGUCCCAAACAAUAAUGCGACAUCCGAUAAACAGUCAACAUCAAAAGAUUUAAGUAUACUUAGAUAUAAAAUUCCAAAAUUAAAAAAAGAAAUUGAAAAGAACCAUGGCAUUAGUCACUAUAAUGCUAAAGAAAUAGAAGAGAAACGUGUGAUCAGCCUAAAAAUAAAUGAUGACAAUAUAAAUGAAAAGCAAUCCAACUCACUUAUUUCUGAAAAUAUGAAGAGAAAUAAGUCACCGGAAAAAGCUAUGCCGAACACUAGUGAUAAACUAGGCCCAUUCAACACGCAAGUUCUGACCAGUAGUAAACAUAAAAACGCGCGAGACAAAAAUGCUCGAGAACCGUCAGUGGAAAAAGAUUUGGAAUUAAGUGACGAAACUUGUGACAACACAGAUGAGCGGAAAAAUCUUAACACUGAAAACAAUAUUACUUCUUACAAAGAUAAAAAUAAAGUUCAACAGUUGGACAGUUUACAUUGUCCUAGUGAAACGAGUAAAACCAAUGCAGUCCUCGAUUCGGAAACGAAUCCAGAGACCAUUACGAAUGAAGAUGUUAAGAAAUCUAAAUCCAAAAGAAGAACACAUAAAGCUUCAAAAGAACCCGACGCUACCUUAGAAAAGAGAAUAAAACCCAAAAAAGACACGAAAGUACAGAAGGAAAUAAAUUCUAAAUUCAGUGAAUUGUUUGGUGAUACAACAAGUAGUUUAAUAACACCAGAUGACUUGGGAAUACUACCUACAGAAACUCAUGUUCAAACUUCUGUUCAAUACAUUCCCAUUUGUGAAGACGCUCAAGAUGUAGAUUUGUUAAAAUCUGUUGAAAACGAGGCACUACAUUCAUCUUCAACAAUAAAUAAUGAUGUAAACAACACAAAUGGUGACAGGAAUUUGGUUACAGAAACGGCAAUAAAAUUACCAAAUCAAUUAAAUUACAAAACCACUAAAAUUGAUAAUGAUUCUGAGGAAAAGAAACCUAAGAAAAAUGAAACUGAUAAAAACAGUUCCUCAAACAAUAAUGAUAUUUACUCUACAAUUUCAUGUGACUUUGAGUCUAAAGAUAUGAGAACAGAUAUAUCUGAAUCACAGAAAAAUGAAUAUUUUGAAGAAAACAAUGGUAAUCCUAAUGACAUUCAGAACAUUUUAAUACAGAAGCCAGACUUAUUAUUAAAAGCUUUAGCUACUUCUACUCCACAUAAAGAUACCAACCUUACACCAGUUACAGGUAAUUCAACAUCUAAUUCGGAUUGUAUCAAUAAUUCUAAACCUAACAUAAUUGUAAGUAUUGAUAGUAAUAGUGUUGCAAAAGAUCAAUCUUCAAAUGCUGAAACAUUAGACUCGCAAACCGAGACAGAUGCUCCCGAUGUUAGAGUAUUUGUGAAAAGAAGAAGGAAGGUUAUGAAGAAAUCAAAACCGUAAAAUAUAGUAACGAACUGAAAUUUGUACUUGGUUGAUUAAAGAAGAUAGGAAAUGUAUAUAUUUAUUUACCUAAUCUUGGUAUAAAAUACUGUUUGAUAUUAGUUUUGAUUCUGAAGAUUUUUCGGAUUAUAAAAUAUGCGUUUAGUAUUCUGUUAGACAUGUGUUUUGACAAAUCUGUAAUGGAUUUUCUGAUAUAUUUUUCUGUAAAUGACCAGGAUUUGAAAAUGCAGAUGAAACUAUUGUAAAUACAGUAAAAAUUGUUACUUAUAUUUAAAAUAAAUACAAAUAUGUGACUAGUAUGAUAACAAUUGUGUUUUAAUUUAACCGUUAAGCCACCCGAGUAAUUAACCACAAUUCUAUCUAUAUCUAUCUA